AUGAAACUCGGAUUACUUUUCGCAACCGCCGUAUUUGGAACAACUAUCGAUAUUGAUGAAACUGACACUGUUCGCUCGGUAGCAGAAAAAUUCGAAUCAGCAGAAAUUGAGCAGCCUUUUGAUGAAGAAGAGCUUGGAAACGGGCUUGUCAGAAGUGGAGGUGGAAUCGAAGAACGAAACUUCAAGAAGUGGAAAGUUCUUCUCAAGUUCUUCAAUCGAGAGAAUGACAGCUUCAGUUACAAACACUUAGCUAUGUACGGGUGCCAAUGCGGUGCCCUUGGUAAGGACGGAAAGUAUGACUUCUACGGGAGAGGCAAGGGACAACCUGUCGACGCUCUCGAUGAAGCUUGCAAAGAAUACUCCAACUGUCUCAAGUGUUUGAGCGAGUCACACGGGGACGAAGAUUGUAGCCCACAAUUGCGCUACAAAUUGCGACUGAACACCGAUGACGGAAGUGCCACCUGUCGAGCAAAGGAAGGAAGCUGCAAGCAGAAUCUGUGCAAGUGCGACACUCAGUUUGCGCAGAGAGUGUCUGAAGUCUACGCAAGCAGUUACGCCGCCGAGAACAAGAACUUCGACAGGAGCCAGUGCAUCCGAGGCCCAGGCGGUCAAGAGAAGCAGUGCUGCGGUAACAAAGAUACGUUCCCUCUGAACCGACCCUACCGAAUUUCGAGUCAGUGUUGCGACAGCUCCACCGCCAAAAUCUACGAGAUCGGUUCCGAUCAGUGCAUCUAA